UAGCCUCUCUCUGGUUCUCCCACGCUUCCGAUGUUUUGGGCCCCAGCCGUUGAAUAGCUGGAGGCCGUAGCCUUACAUAUAUUUCAAUGCGGCAACCGUCACUAAGAACGUCAAAUAUGAUGCCAAACAGAACUUCCAAUUUCUCAGAUUCCUCGACCAUGUCAACACACAAAUCAAGUCAGGGGACCAAUCUCCGACCUUUGCUCCCAGCUCCGCGCCCUCAUCCGGUAGCGACCCAUGUCGGGCAUCGACCCGCUCCUUUAGCACGAAGAAGAGUUCCUACAUCUUUAGCUUGCGAGUCCUGUCGACAACGGAAAAGCAAGUGCAACGGUGCUCGGCCGACAUGUUCUCAGUGUCGAGCAAAGCAUAGCGAUUGUGUUUACCGGCAAACACCUGAGGAUAAUUUCAGAAAGAGGUUAGAAGCGCUUCAGGUGUCGCACCCUGCUGCCGUUAUCUAUCGUGCUAUACAGACUCGGCCAGAGGCUGAAGUCCACGAGAUUGUCCGUCGCAUUCGCGCCGGUGCCGAUGCCGAGACUAUCGCGCGUCAACUCAGCACAGCCGAUCUCCUUCUUCAAGUUCAACUAGAACCCGAAACAAGAUGAGUUUCUUUACUUACCCUUAAUGCCCUCAUACUUGCCAAAUCCGUUGAACCCUUUCAUACACGCUUUGUUUCACGAGUGGAAUGAAAACGAUCACGCCGGCAAUGUCAGUGUCCCAUGGCUGUCGGAAUCCGAAGAAAAUUAUAAAGUCCAAUGCUUGAGACCAGUUCACGCAGCCUCUAUGAUGAUUGGAUACGUCGGUUUCCAAAGUUGGCGGUUCGUGAGGAAUCUGGUAGCUCAAUUUUUGGCAUGAUAUGCAGGAGUAAGGAUGGCUAGGCUAGUGGUUGUUUGAGAAAAAGAAUAUCGACCACAAAACAUCGUCG